GAUAAUUUUCUGUGGGCCAGUCACAUGAUCCAGUCAAGCAAGACCAACACCAACAGCUAGGUGAGAGGAUAGCUGUCUGAUCCACCACCAUUUCGUCAUACCUAUUCUUAAAUAGUUCCCACUAAGCGUCGAGGCCAUGCCAUUUUGCCACCUUAAUGUACCUAACUCUGGAUAUAUUGUCCCGUUUUAUACAAAUCAACAUGCCCAUCUUAAACACCAAAGAGGAACAAACGGCCUCGUUCUCACAUAUUCUUGUUUACUAUCCAUAUAAAACAUGCCUUUAGGUCUGGAAAGCUGUCCAGAACCUGUUGUCGAAUGUAUUGUUCAGCUGCUAGACCUCGACGAUAUUUGCAAUCUUCGCCUCACCUGCAAAUCACUUGCCUUGGGAUCCUCUCACUAUCGUUUCAGGACGUUCUUUCGUUCGAAACACAUCAAGCUUAUGGUUGAUGCUCUACGGACAUUCGCUGAGGGUAUUCAAGAUGGGGGUCUUCAAUCUCUAAUCCAGCACCUGUAUCUUGUAGGUAUCGUUGAUGAAUGCGAAAGCCGGAAACCAGGGAGGCAAAAUUAUUGGCAAAAUGAAGAAACGCGGAGGACGCAAGAAGUCAAUCUACUUAGCCAAGCAUUCAACGGGCUUGCAAAAUACAGCAAGAACGGAAGUCCUCGGUUGCUUACACUACGAGUAGCCAUUGUCCGUAACGGCGAAGAAACAACCUUACCUGCCGAUUCAGGGCCUUCAGUCCCCUUGCAGAAGAGUGUGUGGCUACGCACAAUGCACACAUUUGAUACGGUUGUAUCUGCAUUAGCCGCGAGCAGCUUGCGCAUUGACGGCCUCAACAUCUUCAGCGAACCGGACAUGCCUUGCUCUAGCUUGGCGUGCGAUCAAAUCAAUGCAAACGAGUGGAAUGACUCCGGUUUUGCUAAGACUUUGGUAACCCUAAGGCCAUUAGCAAUAAGCCUCUCCACUCGGGUUUUCGCGUUUCCUAGAGCUCUACAAGAGAACAAACAGGACGUGGGGCGAUCCUCCAAGAGGGAUGCGGCUGAGGUACAAGCAGAAGCUGAAGAUGAAAACGACUUUGUCGGCCUUUCAAGACUCCUUCGGCUAUGCAACCAACUUGGAAACUUGGAAAUAAAUUAUCUUCGGAUCCCAAUGGGUUAUUCGGCCUUAGUCGGUCAUUUCUAUUACGAAACCAUUCUACAGCGCAUAGUCGAACUUGAUAGGCUGCCCAUUCUAAAGCGUUGCAAGUUUUCUGGGAUUUCUGCCAAGGAGACGGAUCUGCUUGGAUUUAUUCAGCGGGCACGAGGCCGUGAGCUAUCGCUCGAGAAGGUGAUACUAUGUACAGGAACAUUUCGGUCAACCUUCGAUUACUGUACCAGCAGGGCGGCAAGUAUGACGAAGCUACAUUUUGAUACUUUAUAUGAGACUUUAUAUGAUAGGCAUUAUGUCGAGAAAACGAUUUUCUUUGCCGGUGGCGGAAAGUCUCGAAUAGGUUUUCCUUCCGCAUCCGCUACUGAAAGGCUGGACCGAGAAGGGGAGAGUGUUAGGACUUCUAUUACUUACUAUAUCUCACCAAGAACGCCGAUCGACAAUCCUUGGAUCCCAGAAUGGGGGAGGUUCAGGCGCACGGAAAAUGGCACAUGAUUGUGAAGAUUUGGUUUUUAUUCGCUUCUUCCUUUCCGCAACAGAAGUCUCUGAUGAAAUGUACGUUGCAGCGCAGAGCACACUGAACCUGUCAUGGUUCUAGCCGUGUGAAAUAAAUAACCCCUGUCAGUCAUGGUGAAUAAUACCCUUCCUUCCAGCCUAAGCAAAGAUCGUGCCACCGACCAAGAUGUGAGUAUGCUGCCUAAAGCUUAGCUCCGUCCAUGACUGACCUCUUCCGCAUCGUCUUAUGAUCAGUUUAGACGAGGACGGUUUGAAAGGAAGCAAGUCUUAACAUGGGAGCUUCAGGUUACUGUCAAGCAAGUUCUUAGUUAUUAUACAUUUAGGUGGAUUCCUACCUGGCGCCCACAAGAGGUCGGGGCAAAACCUAAGAAUUAGCCAAUUAAUAGUUUAUACUUCUAA